AUGGCAAGACUUGACAUUCAUUUCGAUGAUGUUGACGACCGGAUGGCGAAGAAGAUGAUCGCUUAUGUUGACGACGAUAAUAAUGAAAGCCGCACCGGUACUUUGGACUUGCCUAGAGAUGACGGAGAGCCUUGGGGUUUGGAUGACUCUGAGGUCUCUAGAGUAGUCCAUCUCGUGGCAUACCAAAUCGGAAGGCUUGCUGAUUCAGUCCCAAUUGAUCACUUCAGCAAUUCCACGCUUCCAUCAGCAUUUCUAGAUGCCAAGGAGGAGCUCAAGCAACUGCUCGGAAUUGUUUUUGGUGAUGAUAUCGAGAAGAAAUCCAAGGCUGUAUUCACAGAAACCAUGGAUUCAAAGGCCCUCGCCACCCUUCACGCCUCUCUUUUCCGAGCUUUGUUCUCAGCGGCGGUUCAGCAGUGGGUGUUCUAUUCACGAAUAUCGGAUAUUCCAUCCAUCAAGGCCGUGUCUUUUGACGUUCAACAGAAAGUUAUACUAGCAAAAUAUGGGUUUAGUACCCUUAGAAAUAUCCAUCGCGCCACCUGGGUGUCGCUCAUGUACGAAAACCCAGAACAAAUUAGGCAUGUCUUCACCAGCGAAGCAGCGGAUUUAACCAACCGCUUUUUGACUACCCUAGAACCUCUGAUCGUACCUGUAGACGAGUCGAAACAUACGCCAGCGAUCGAUGACUGGAUUAGCUCUACUCGGGAUGGUCAGCCUGGGCACAGAGUCGUGUUACAGAUUUUCACCGCCUCGCUAAAGCUCAAAGCACGACUGCCGUUGACAGAACAGUACUACGAAUUUCUCUCGCCUGUUUUAGGAACGUCAUUCUCCAGAGACUUGAUGGCAGUGGAUGGAGAAGAUGUCAUGGAUAUGGAUAUUGCUGAUGACUCAAUAAGCCAAUUUAGCAUCAUGCCUGCAAUCAUUGAGUACCCCAUGAGUGUAUUUAUAACCGAAACGGAGGAUGAGGCAGCGCUCUUUGGACCACAUAACUUCGUCAGAGCUACUGCGACCGAACGAGAGAAGGGGAGAGUCGUCUGUCCAGCCAUCCUAACACUUCAAUAG